AUGCCGCCUGCCAUCCCCAGCUGGUCUGAGGCCAUGUUAUCGGUCGACCGUGCUAUGCCAGCCCGACCCGCGGAUCAACUUUGGGGGUAUUGGAUUCCAGAACCCGCUCUGAUUUUGGGGCCCAAGGACGAGGCGCGCCAGAUCCGAUAUCUGACCAAUUGGGUCCGUGCGCGACCUAUUUGGUUGUACCUGCUGCGUGUCCCGGGAUCUCGCCCCGCUGGGGUCGGUGCCCAAUACUGGCGGUCCUUCCUCAACGGUGUCCCGGAGGACUCCAGCUUGACCACUCGUACUGGAAAGCGCAUGGUCGAGAUCAAAAACCUUUUUGGGAGCGUGUUCCAAGACCACCAGUUCGAUCUGGGAAUGCGCGCACCGGUGGACUGGCAUGGACAUCAUUUCGAGCACGUUCCAGAGGCUUCCGCGCCCGCAGUGAUCUGGGAGAUCUUCGAGUUGGGCUUCCGUUAUGAGCUUUUGGCUUUGGACAGAUUCCUGAGACCAUCAAUCUCCCGAUCUCGUGCCGAGGAAGCGGUUCGAGAAGAUCUACUCGCUACGGUGUUUCCGGGGGGUUGGUUGCGCGCGGUGGAUGCGCUACCUUCCGGCAACUCUUCGGGCCUUUUCACCACCCAUCCGCACCGCAGAGUGACCGCCCUAAACGCGUUGCAGCUGGUCCUCAUGCAGUGGCCUGGGUGUCCAUCUGCCAUUGUUUCCGCCUCCCCUCUCCAAGGCAAUGAUAGGGACGAAGUCAUUGUGGAUUUGGAGCGCGAUCUCGCCAGUUUCUACGUCGAUACGUUCUUCGUGUGUGCCGGUCGUGCGCCUAUCGUGCCUCACCUGUAUCCCCUUUGA